AUGGAUCCCGCGAGCAAUGCCCAAUCCCCUAUCAAAAGCCCGCAAACCUUUUCUUUCCCCGUUAUAGCCGUAGCCAUCACCGGCAUUCUUGCCACGGCAUUUUUGCUCAUCGGCUACUACAUAUUUGUGAUCAAGUGCUGUCUGAGCUGGCACCACAUACACAUUUUAAGGCGGCAGGCGGAGCGUUCUUCGUCAGCAGUCGAGGGCCGAGGGCUGGACGAGGCUGCAAUCCGCUCGAUCCCAAUACUCGAGUUCAAGAACGGGCAAAAGGACGAGUCUUUUUUUAAAAAGCAAUCGUGCGAAUGUGCGGUGUGUUUGAGCGAAUUCCAAGAAGAAGAAAAGCUGAGACUCAUUCCAAACUGUGCCCAUGUUUUCCACGUAGACUGCAUUGACGUUUGGCUUCAGAGCAAUGCAAACUGUCCACUUUGUAGAACGAGUGUCACGUCGAAUGUGCAUUUCUCCUUGGAUCGGGAAGUUGAUUUUUCGGGCCGUGGAGAGGAACACUACGUGGCAAUUGAGAUUGGGCCCGAAGUAGGCUGUGUGGAGCCAACCGUGCAAGAAAGUUUGGAUCCACACGAGGUUUUUACGGCCAUGAUUUCAAGAAACAACUGUAAGAAGGUUUCAAGCAUGGGAGAUGAGUGUGUUGAUAGUAAUAGUUGA